GUUUCCUCUAAACAUAGCAGCCGAUUCGUUCUCUUCUGCUCUGUUUAGGUUAUGGGCAUUUCGUUCUCAUGCUUUCUCUGAUUCUCCACGGAAGAAAGUCUCUGGAGCUGCAGAGAUGGUGUAACUUGCGAUUUGCAGUGAACCCUCUUCAAUAUUCAUCUGCUUUUUCCUCUGCAAGUGCGGCUGCAGAUGCGUCCCUUCAAGAUGGGCGAAAAGGUCAGAACUUUACCGUCUCUUCUUACCUCGUAACAUCACUAGGUUUCACCACAAAACUCGCAGAAUCAAUCUCAAAGAAAGUCAGCUUCGAGGAUAAUGGCAAUCCUCAAUCAGUUCUGAGUCUUCUUAGAAGUUAUGGGUUCAGAGAUUCUCACAUCUCCAGCAUCAUCACAAACUAUCCAGGACUACUUACACUAGACGCUGAGAGCUCCCUAGAGCCCAAGCUCAAGUUCUUAAAGUCGAGAGGAGCGUCAACCUCCGAGCUCACUGAGAUCCUUUCCAAAGUCCCCAAGAUCUUGAGAAUCAAAAAGGACAAAACUUUAAGCAGAUACUACGAUUUCGUCAAAGAGAUCAUACAAUCCGACAAGAGCUCCAACUUCCAAGUCUCCUUACCAUUACCACACGGUCCCAACAAAAUCAGAAACAUUUUCGCUUUGAGACAGUUAGGCAUGCCUCAGGAUCUCUUGUUCCCUUUGCUCGUCUCUCAGAGCGGAACCGUCCAUGGGAAAGUCAGGUUCGAAGAGUCUCUCAAGAAGGUUCUCGAGAUGGGUUUUGAUCCCACAACCUCCAAGUUCGUGCAAGCUCUCCGCAUGCUUUACCAGAUGAGCGAGAAGACGAUACGAGAGAAGGUCAACGUGUACAAAAGGUUAGGGUUGAGUGGUGAAGACGUGUGGGAGAUGUUCAAGAAAUGGCCUACUUUUAUGACCAACUCCGAGAAGAAGAUUACUCAGACAUUUGAAACUUUCAGCAAGUGUGGACUUGUGGAGGAAGAGAUCCUCUCGGCGUUCAAGAAGUUUCCGCAGUGCAUCGGUGCUUCGGAGCAUAACUGCGUCGAUACGUUUCUAGCGCUGGGGUUCAGUAAAGAUGAGGUGGCGGUGAUUUUCAAGCGGUUACCACUUUGUGUUAGCUAUUCUGCGGAGUUGGUGAAAAGGAAGACUGAGUUUGUGGUGAAGGAGAUGAAUUGGCCGUUACAGGCCGUUGUUUCUUUCCCCGCUGUGCUUGGAUUGAGCAUGGAGAAGAGGGUUGUCCCGAGGUGUAAUGUGAUCAAAGCUCUCAUGAAGAAAGGUUUUCUGGGAAGUGAUGAACCACCUCCUGUGGGGUCUGCGUUGGCGUGUACGGAUGAAUUGUUUUUGAGAAGGUAUGUGAGGAAGCACGAUGAUGAUGAGGAGCUUGUGGCUGAGCUGAUGGGUAUUUUAAGAGGAUCUCGUGCGUCAUAGACCUUAACGUUUAAUUGGUUCUUCAUCUUUGGUUUUGGUCAGAUCCUGGUUUAUUUGGGGUAGUACUAAAAGUCUUUGUGUUGAUGAUCAUGUUGUGAUGCAAAAUGUGAGAAAUGAUGAAUAUCAGCUCAAGACUUAUUAGCUCUUUAGAUUUUUUUUUAGCUGAUUUUUGUUAGUCCUAAGUGCAAUAAUGCCAUAUUCUGCAGAGUUGGUAAAGAAGAAGACUGAGUUUCUGGUGAAUAAGAUGAAUUGGCCUUCAAAGGCUGUGUUUUUUUAA